UUGCCGAGGGUUUUGUGUCGAUGUAUAUAAAAUGCAAGGAAACCCUUUAUAGCGAAGAGGACGUGCUCAUUCAUCUCCAUCGGCUUCACUCUGUCUCUGUUAAUGGCGGCUUCCCUCCCAUUCCUCGCGAGCGUCCGUCCGGCGAUCGUCGCUGGGUCGAGGUCCUUAGGACGGACGCCUCUGUUGAGCCCGUACCGAGCCUUUCUCGAUUCCCGGAAAUUCUCGUCCGCCGCCGCUCUCUCCUGCCCCGCUGGCUUGUUCCCCUCUCCCUCCUCGCGGUCCACCGCCCGCUUCUCCACCUCCCCUCGUGCCGAACUGAAGGUUUCUGACUUGCAGUCGACGGUUACCACCAAAGUGUUCUUUGAUAUUAGCAUUGGGGGUCAUGUUGGACGUAUCGUGAUAGGUCUCUAUGGGGAUGAUGUGCCCCAGACGGCAGAGAACUUCCGUGCUUUAUGUACAGGCGAGAAGGGCUUUGGGUACAAGGGAUCUGCAUUUCAUCGUGUCAUCAAGGAUUUCAUGAUUCAAGGGGGAGACUUCGAUCAGGGAAAUGGAACUGGUGGCAAAAGCAUAUAUGGCCGAACAUUUAAGGAUGAGAACUUCAAAUUGACUCAUUUGGGACCUGGAAUUGUGAGUAUGGCAAAUGCAGGACCUGACACCAAUGGAAGCCAGUUCUUCAUUUGCACUGUCAAGACACCAUGGUUGGACAAGCGGCACGUUGUGUUUGGUCAAGUUCUGGAGGGAAUGGAAGUGGUAAGGCAAAUCGAGUCACAGGAGACUGACCGUGGUGAUCGCCCUAAAAAGAAUGUCGUCAUUAGUGACUGCGGCGAGCUUCCAUCGGUCUGAGUGAAAGAAUACCGUUUUAUCAUGCACUGGGCAGGAUCAUAUCUGCUUUUCGUAGUUCUAUUAUUUUAGAUCUUUUGAACUAGUAUCUGGUAGAUGACUCGUGUUUCGGGCUUUUAUGAGCGCUAAUUAAUUGGAUGGUCUUCAGCCCUAUAUUGUUGGAGCAUCAAGGCAAAUGAAUGUGAUGACUGUCGCAUCUUUCUGAAUUGUGGCAGAAGCUUCAUCGAAUAGAUUUCGUUGCGAGGUAUUCCAUUUC